GCUUCCGGUAGAAGCCGCAGAGACAGUAAAACGCAGAGGCAUUAACAAACCACAACUCCCAGCAUGCCGUGCUUCUUGGGGGCGCAGCACCCAGCAGUCUUAGCAGCUGCCGUUUGCCUGGGACUUCUCAUGCCUGCGUCUCUCUUGGUCUAGAUUAACUUGGUGCUUCCAUAACUUUCGCUUCCCACCAGCCGCUUUAUUAGCAGCCAGCCUCUUCUUGCCAAGAGGCAUGGAGGCGGCCGCGAAUUGCUCGCUGCGCGUCAAGCGGCUCCUCCUCGACCCCAAGUUUGAGGGCUACAAGCUAUCCCUGGAGCCGCUGGCCUGCUAUCAAGUGGGGCUCGAGUCUCCGGUAGCAGAAGUCAGACUUCGAGAUGAUCAGUACACGUUGGAUCACAUGCGCGCCUUUGGCAUGUAUAAUUACCUACACCUUGAUCCCUGGUACCAGGAUAACAUUUACUAUGUUGAUCAGCUUGGAAGAGUUAUGAAUUUAUCUGUUACUCUGGACACUGCCUUAAAAAAGCCGAGAGAAGUCUUCAGGCUCCCCGCAGACUUGAAAGCCUGUGAUGAUCGCCUUUGCGCGUCCAUCCAUUUUGCCUCUUCCAGCUGGGUGGCCCUUUCAGAUGGAACAGGAAGACUGUAUCUUAUUCAGACUGGCAAGCGUGGCGACGGCUCAUGUGAAAAGUGGGAAAUAUUAUUCAACGAAGAAUUUGCAAGUCCCUUUGUUAUAAUCGAUAGCGUCUCAUUUGUGAAGUCAGAUGCACAUUCAGUGGGUGUACUCCUCCUGUGGGUAGAAAAAGAUGAACUGGAUGUGCAAGGCAGUGGCUUCCAUGUUUCCUUGGAGUGGGUUACAAUUAUGAAAACAGCAAAAGAGGGUGAUCAAGAAUAUGAAAUCGCUAAGCGUCGAAUUCUUCAAGGAAAGUCAGUGCCUCAUUAUGCAGCUAUAGAACCCAGCGGUGAUGGCCUGAUGAUUAUUUCUUAUAAACCCUACACAUUUAUACAACAGAAUGAUGAGCACAAGCAUGAAGAAAGGGAAAAGGAGAAAACGGAAGAGAAAAAGAAAGAGCCCCUCUAUCUCUGGCAGCAAACCAAAGAUGAUUUGACAGUCACUUUGCACUUACCAGAAGACUUCACAAAAGAAGACAUACAAGUACACUUUUCUCCGGACCGGCUAAGUGUAGCUCUGAAAGAUCCUCUGCUUCCUGUAUUAGAAGGGACACUUUUUUCAUCUAUUGAUCAUGAAAGUUCAACAUGGAUACUUACGGAAAAUAAUAGUUUGGAAAUUUCUCUGAUUAAAAAGGAAGAAGGUCAUUUAUGGCCAGAGCUAAUUGUUGGUGACUCUCAAGGGGAAUUCAUCAUGGACCCUGCACAGAGUGCUGCCAUAGCUGAGAAUUUGAUGCAUCUCACCUCUGAUGAAAUGAAUCCCGACCCUAACAAAGAUAACCCUCCAUGCAAUGCCCAGGAAUUGGAAGAAUGUGAUAUUUUCCUUGAAGACAGCACAAGUUUGUGCAGGUUUGAUGGCAAUACCUUGAAGGCCACACAUGUGGUAAAUCUUGGAAGCAACCAGUAUCUCUUCUCGGCAGUUGUGGAUCCCAAGGAAAUGCCUUGCUUCUGCUUGCGACAUGAUGUCGAUGCUCUCCUCUGGCAGCCACACCCAGACCAGCAGGACAUGUGGGAGCACAUUGCUACUUUCAACGCCUUAGGUUAUGUGCAAGCAUCAAAGCAGGAUAAGAAAUUCAUGGCCUGUGCCCCAAAUCACUCCUUUUCAGCCCUGUGUGAGUGCCUGAGGCGAGUGUUCAUUUAUCGGCAGCCGACUCCUCUGAGGACUGUUCUCUACAACCGAAAGGAGGGAAGACAAGUAGGGCAGGUAGCCAAGCAGCUGGUAGCCACUCUGGAAGCUCAUGAUCCUGUUUUGGGGUUUCAGGCAACAAACGAGAGAUUAUUUGUUCUCACCACAAAAACCUUGUUUAUAAUCAAAGUAAUCACUGAGAAUUAGUGACCAAAUGUCUCCUAAGCUGCUCUGCAUUCAAAAUGGUCUCCUAUAAUGACUAUAUAGAUUAGCAGGAAAGUGCAUUGAUGUGCUGUCAAUGCAAAAGCAAUAUAUCGCAGGUACAGUUUUUUAAAAAUAUAACCAAAACUGAAUUUGUCUUUAUUUAAAACAUAUAAAGGUUUCCAGCAUUAUUAAUAAAUAUUGGUGGUGGGAAACCGCUAGUGCAAGGAAGUUGUUGGUUUUGUCCAACGCUUUCCAGUGUUGGAGACAGAAAUUGCUCCUGCAAAAUGGUUCAUGUUCUUCUUUCUAUUUUUCCAAAUAUAUGUCCAUCACAGCUCUUGUUAAUAGCUGGCUGAAAGUAGCUGGCCUUUUUAAUUUUUUUAAUUUUUUAAUUAUCCACAGUGGUUUCAAUCUGCCCUGCUAAAUAAAAUCAGUUCCCGUUUUGUGCGUGAUUAUAAAUUAAAAUGUAAAUUUCAGCUUAGUAAAACCUUUAAAAAAUUUUGUUUUCCAUUUCCAUUUAAAUGUCUUCAUAUUAUCUGCAGUGGCUUAUUGGAGAAAUGAUGGUCAAUCUGUGCAUCUAUUUUUCUCAGGCAUAUUUUAAAUUGAAGCUACACCUUCCCAUCUUGUGUAAAUGCAGUGAUCAGAUUUUGAUUGUAUUCUGGCUGCAGAUAAAAAUCUACAACCAUUUUAGAAAUAAAGUGGUAUUUUUUUAAAAUAAUAAUAAUAAUGUGUUGGUGCUCUUUUCCAUGACAUUGAGAUUUGAGACAGAGUAAGGAUUGGCAUGAAUUGUCCCCUUUGCUAAGCAGGAUCUGCCCUAGUUUGCAUUUGAAUAGGAGACCCCAUGUGAGCACUGCAAGAUACCCCUUAGGGGAUGGGGCCAAUCUGGGAAAAGCACCUGCAUGCUUGCAUCCAAAAGGUUCCAAGUUCCCUCUCUGGUAUCUCCAGAUAGGGCAGAAAGAGACUCGUUCCUGCAACCUUGGAGUAGCCACUGCAGGUCUGUGCAGACCAGGCCUGCUCAACUUUGGCCCCCUAGCUGUUUUUGGACCACAGCUCCCAUAAUCCCCAACCACAGUGGUUAAUAGCCAGGGAUUAUGGAAGUUGUAGGCCAACAUCUGCAGGAGGGCCAAAGUUGAGCAGGCCUGCUGUAGACAAUACUGAGCUAGAUGGACCAAUGGUCUGUCUCAGUAUAAGGCCACUUCCUGUGUUCCUAUGAAAUGCAUUAUGCCUACAGCUGCUGCCUCAGUUUAAGCAAACUCCCCCUUUGUUGUAAACCUCGCUGCCUACUGAGGUCAUCAGGAGAGGUCCAGUUGUGGUUGCUACUGCCUCGUUUGGUGGUGAUUUGGAACUGGGGCCUUCUCUAUGGCCACCCUGGAACCAUAGAGAAUAAGAGCUCCCCGAUCUCAUCUGCUUUCAAGAAAGCUCUCACACCUGUUUAUUCACACUUUUAGUUAAUCUUUUUCUACAUAUUAUUUUAACUGUUUCAAUUGUUUUGCUUGUUUUCUUGGCGGUGGUUAGAUUUUUUUUAAUUAUAUGUAAGCCGCAAGGAUUCCCAACCUGUGGGACUCCAGAUGUUACUGAACUACAACUCCAAUCAUCCCCCGUUACAAUUAAUUCACAGUUUGCUUCAUGUGUAAGGGUUACCAAACAACUGGGAUGGUUUCUCUCCACGCAUGUGUAGACUUAGCACAUCUAGAAGAUUGCUCAAGUCUCAGUUUAGAUCUUCUAGAAGCUUAACAAGUCUGCAGACCUAAUGCAGGGGAUAUCAAUUCAUACAGAAAAAACCAACUCCCUCCACAACUGGGCCAGUCAGCCCAGCUGUGAAAUGAGAUUUUACCAUAUGAGGAAAUGCUCCAGGAUAAAAGAACAAUGCAUCUAUUAUGCAGUAAUUCAUCUAUUCCAUACAAAUUAUAUUUUUGAAACCAAUAACUACUGAAAGCUAAUUUUCCUUAUCUCUUGUGACAGAUUAAGCAAAAUGAUAGAACACCCUUGUCAUUCCCCCCCCCCAAUAUACUUUAUUAUAGCAGACAGUACAGGGAAAGAAUGAACAGCAAACGUACCUUGACUUCAAAAGGAGUCUGACAGAUCACAUCUAACCAGAAAAAGGCUUUUCUCCUCUUGAUGAUACUUCUGCACACUUGUUAAGAACUGAAUGGUGCUUUCAAUGAAUCAUAGGUCUCUUGAUAUAUCUAAAGGCAAUCUAGUUCAAUCCAAGAAUUCAAGAAUGACAUGGGCAGCUGAACAUAAUCACCAGCAAGUCCACUGCCCGGGAAUGCAUUCCCAGUGGUUGUCUUGUACAAACUCGCCCAAGUCCUGUUCCUGAGCUAUAGGCCCAACACUCUACUAACUUUCUCUGCAAAUCUUGGUUCCAGAAAGUCAGUAGAAUGUCAGGAAGAAGGUUCGGAACCGGACUUGAGCAGACGUGUCCACCAUGCUGCUGAUUCCCAACAUUUGCCCAGCCAGUAGACUUGCCAGUGGUUGUGUGAACCCACUUUCUUUUAUCCAAAUCAUGCAUUAAACCUCUUAGUGUGCAGCUAGAAAGAGAUGGAACAAUGUUUUUACAUGUGGGCUGCUCACCUCCUUUCCAAGAAAGUUUAGUAAAACAAGUGUCCUAACCCAAACCAUAUGUUUCAAUGGUAUCCUGCCACCCAAGAUGUAUGGCAAUCUAAGCCUGAGAAAUUUCAUCUAAACCAUGGAUGUUUGGGGGUGGGCCCACUGCUGCCGCCACCCAAUCACAACUGUGCUAAAAUCUUAGAUUUUUCCAUUAAUUUUUAUGGAAUUAAAAAUUUCACUUACGCUGCAGAGGAGAGAUGCAUAGUGUCUAAGAAAUGAUAAAAACCAGUAUAGUGUAGUGGUUAGAGCAGCGCUACACAACUUUGGCCAUUCAGCUGUUUUUGUCUACAACUCCCAUCAUCUUCAGCCACAGUGGCCAAUAGUCAAGGAUGAUGGGGGCUGUAGUCCAACAUCUAGAGGAGGACCAAAGUUGUGCAGCACUAGCUUAAAGUGUGCAACUAGGACUAGGAGAUCAAGAUUCCCAUCCCUGCUCUGUUACGAAGCUCACUGUGUGAUCUUGGAUAAGUUAAUCUUUCACCCUAACCUAGCUCACAAGGAGGUUGUGAGGAUAAAGUGAGGAGAGGAUGUAGGAUGCCCUGAACUCCUUGAAAGAGUGAGAUAAAAUGUGGUCACAGUGUUGGACAAAGACUGGGGAGACCCGAGUUCAAAUCCCCAUUCAGCCAUGAAACUCACUGGGUGACUGGGCCAGUCACAUAUCUCUCAGCCUAAGCUACCUUACAUACUUGGAGGAAGAGUGGGAUAUAAAUGUAUAAAUAAAUAAAAUAUGUAUAUUCCACCCCUCCAGCGCAAUACUGCUCAGGACCACUCACAUUGCUAUUGCUGAUAAAGGAAUAAUAAAACAACAUUAAAAACACUUCCUCCCUCUCUCUCUCUGAUAAGGCAUAUUCUAUUGACGGUUGAUUAUGACAGAACUGUUUUUCAAAAAUAGCCCCCAAGGAAGAACAGUAGCUUAAAACACACAGGGCAUUAAAUUUAAAGAAUAAAUAACUUAUAACAAUCUGUUGUAAAUUAGACUUCUUUUUACAGAAGUAGAAAGAAACAGAUGCAUUUUUUGUUUUUUAAAAUGUAAUUUGAUUAGUUGGGUUGUACACUGAAUAAAUCAUCAUUCAAAUCAUAGCUUUUUCUCACCAAAGACAAUUCUGAAAGUGAUUUGGAAAUUACAAGGUACGUCUUCUAAUGAAGUUCCUUUUAAAUACCACCUGGAAAGCAAUUGUCUGCCUGAUUAUUAGGAACAACACAAGGAAAAAGCGAGAAAAAAAUUACAUAAUUGAUACUUUGCACCUUGCCAUUUAAGGUAUAUGUCAAUCACUGUGCCAGAUGCUCCAAGCACUGUAGACACAAAUAUUCAUACACAUUGGUCAUGCCACAAUAUAUAAUGGCUGACAUGUUCCACAGCCUUAGGAGGGUGAGGCAAGAGCUCUGCUGCUUCAGGGAGCAGGAAAACUAGCUGCCCUGCAGGCAAUUUACCUGUAAUUUACUCGCUCCUUGAGAUCUUGCUCUGCCUUACCAAGACUGUGGAGCAUGGCAGUCACUGACUUGGAUUCAAAGAACUGUGAGAAAAUGUAUUAGUGCUAUUGUGUACAUUCUAGCAGAAGACUUCUUGCAGUAUAGUGCCACAAUGGUUUUGGAGGCUGUUGUACUAUAUGAACUCUCGUACAAGGGUUCCCAACCUUUUAUAACAAGUGUACCCCUUCUGUUGCAACCUUCAGUUCAGGUACUCCAUAGAGAUUUUUUAUCAUGCACAUACAAAUUAAAAUGCUACACUUAUGAGACAGGCUAUUCCAGUCACUAGCUUUCAUCCAGACUAAGUUACUCAUGAGUAAUCCUAUUGAAAUUAAUUGGACAAGUAAAUUUUUCUCAAUUUUAAUAUGAAUGCAUAUGAGUAACUGAAUAUAAGCCGGUGACUGGAGCAGUCGGUCUCAUAACUGUAACCUGUGUGUGUGUGUGUACAUAUGAAUGUACGUACAGGUUACUACUACUACUAAGCAAAGAUAAAGUGUGCCAUCAAGUCGAUUUUGACUCCUGGUGCUCACAGAGCCCUGUGGUUUUCUUGGGUAGAAUACAGGAGGGGUUUACCAUUGCCAUCUCCUGCGCAGUAUGAGAUGAUGCCUUUCAGCAUCUUCCUAUAUCGCUGCUGCCCGAUAUAGUACCAGCGGGGAUUUGAAUCGGCAACCUUCUGCUUGUUAGUCAAGCAUUUCCCCUCUGCGUCACUUAAGGUGACACCACCACCACCACCACCACUACUACUACUUAUAUUUAUAUACUGCUUUGCUGUGUAAAGUUUCCAAAGUGCUUUACAUAGAAAAAUAAAGAAUAAGAUGAUUGCCUGUCCCCAAAGAACUCACAAUCUAAAAAAGAAACAUAAACACCAACACCAGCCCCUGGAGGGAUGCUGUACUGGGAUGGAUAGGGUCAGUUGCUCUCUCCCAGUUAAAUAUAAGGGAAUCACCAACUUAAAAAAUGCCCUGCCAACCCCGUUGUCAGGGGUUACGGGCUGCUCCGGUCAGCGGCCCACAUCCACAAUAAGUUACUCUUAAGCAGUCUGAGGGUGUGUUGGCUUCAAUCCAGCAAUCCUCAGACGGGGAACAAAUAGUAUACAACUGCCCCUUGGGAAGGCAGGAGGACUCUGAGGACCCCUUGGGAGCCCUUCAAGUACCCCAGGGGUAGUAGCAGUGUUCUGUCUAAGGUGUGUGCACGUGCGUGCACUCUGGUUUUCGAUGUCUGCUCAGUUAAUUUUAGAUCCCGCUCAGGCUGAAUCAGGAAGGCCCCACACCUAAUACGUGUGUGCACACACUGCCUUGAUACUCCUGCCCAGAACAAAACUCAUUCCAUACACAGAUGAAAAAAAAAUUUUUUAGAGAGAACGCUGAGUACUAAUACCCCCUGUUGGGAAGCCCUGCUUUAAUGGACUAUAAAACAGUUCUGAGAGAGAGCUUGCACAAACGGAAGAACUUUACUUUACUUUUCUCACAGAAUAGUUCUUGCAUGAGCACAAGAGACUGUGCUAGUGGAAAGGUACUUUUGGAUGCCUGCCAAUGGUUCUAGGCAAGCUUACUGCCAGCAGCCAGUAUUACUAAACUAUAAAUGCAAGCUUUCCCCAAACAGCAUAGAGAUCCAAUUAUUUUCCUCCUCCACUCCUUUACAGCUAAACUUUACAUGCAGCCCUCAGUGAGGGAGGGCAGGGUGCCACUUUGUCUGAAGGAGGCAAUGGUUAGAUCUCUUCUUCAGAAGCCCGCUCUGGAUCCCCUGAUAGUGGAUAAUUAUAGGCCAAUCUCCAACCUCCCAUGGUUGGGUAAAAUGAUUGAGAGGGUGGUGGCUGACCAGCUCCAAGCGGUCUUGGAGGCAACUGAUAUAAACCUAUUAUCUGGCUUUAGGGUGGGCUAUGGUGUUGAGAUGGCCUUGAUCGGCCUGAUAGAUGACCUUCAGCAGGGAAUUGACAGAGGGAAUAUUACUUAACGGGUUCUCGGUGGCUUUCGAUGCCAUCAUCAUCAUCAUCAUCAUCAACCAUGGUAUAUGUCUGGAUCGCCUGAGGGAUUUGAGGAUUGGAGGCACUGUUUUACAGUGGUUCCAUUACUAUGUUUCGGGUAGAUUUCAGUUGGUGGUACUUGGUGACAGUUGCUCUUCAAAAUGGGGAGCUGCUAUAUGGAGUCCCUCAGGGUUCAAUUCUGUCACCAAUGCUUUUUAACAUCUACAUGAAACCGUUCUGGAUGAGGUUACACUCCCCCAGAAAAAACAGGUUUGUAGCUUCAGAGUGCUCUUGGACGUGCAUCUCACCUUGGUGCCUCAGGUGGAGGCUGUGACCAGGAGUGCUUUUUACCGACUGCAAUUGAUUUGAUAACUCCACCCUUUCCUUGAGGAGAAUGACCUAAAAACAGUGGCAACCUCCAGGUUGGACUACUGCAAUGUGCUCUAUGUAGGGCUGCCUUUGUAUGUAGUUCUGAAACUUCAGUUAGUCCAAAAUGCGGCAGCCAGAGACCACAUUAUUCCUGUUCUCAAACAACUGCACUGGCAGCCAAUAUGUUUCAAGGCAAAGUACAAAGUGCUGGUUAUUACCUUUAAAGCCCUGAUGGCUUAGGUCUGGGUUACCUGAGAGAGCGUCUUUCCCUUCCAGAUCCCCACCGCUCAUUGAGAUCAUCAGGAGUUCAUCUGCCUGCAACCUGGGACUGGGCCUUCUCACUUGUUUCUUCUAGGUUGUGAAACACACUUCUCGUGGAUAGAAGGGGAUUAUCUUCCUUGGAGGCCUUCAGGAGACCCAUCUUUUUAGCCUGGCUUUUAAUGAUAUUUAAAUGUUUAAUUUUAGUGUUUGUGUUUUUUAGUGCAAACCAUCCUGAGCUGCUUUAGGAAGGGCGGUAUUGAAAUAGAAUAAAUAAAAUACACUGCAGGUGGCCAGCUAAAUAGGGAGAUAAAGGGGAACCAUCUAUUAAAAUGCGGUUGAAAGAGAAAGUAACUAUCACACCAAAUGAAAGCAAUAGGACCACUGAUUCUGGUCACUUCCUAAUCACCAUUACCUUUCAUGUCAUGUGCAGGGAACCAUGAUCUUUUCCCCAGAUAUGCAACCAGUUACAUAUAUAACCUAGAAUACUGUCACCACCGAUUCCUGCCAUAUCCUUUACAUUAUGCAUUAUGCAUUCUGGCCAUAUCUUCCCUUGGCAAAAUAUUCAUAGACCAAGGCACCCACCCAGUUUGUUUAGUACAAGCAUUUUUACCCUGAAGUUGUCUGAGUUGUUAUUCAUUGUGAAGGGUGUCACAGCGGAUUUAUACAAAGUCUGUUCAUUUAACUUUGCUGAUGGCAAAGCACAGGCUCCCUUCUUUGGAAAUGCAACAAAUGCUUCUCCACACAAUCUGAGAGUCUAUAUUUUUCUGAAAGAUGUUAAACCACUGGAUAGUGGAAGCCAGAAUAUCAGCAACUUUAUCUCAUAGAAACAUAAGAAACUGCCUUCUACUGAGUCGGACCAUUGGGCCAUCUAGCUCAGUAUGGUCUACACAGAUUGGCAGCGACUUCUCCAAGUUUGUAGGCGGGAGCAGUGGUGGAUUUAAGGAGAGGCACAGUAGGCACUUGCCUACAGCAGCAAAAUUUGAGGAGUGGCAAAUUGCUGCUCCUCAAUUUUUGCCGCGCCUCUCUGGGGGUGAGGGCAGUUGUAGGGUGUGUGGGGGAGGGGGCGAAUUGAAAGCUCCUUCUUUAAAAUUUUAAAUUUUAAGCUCCUUCUUUAAAAUUUCCCCCUUUUAAAAGGGCGAAAGCCCCCCUUUACCUUUGAAAUACUACUGCCUCCACGGUGCUGGUGGGAUGGGGCAGCGAGGGAGAGCUCCCUCCACGCAACAGUGGGCACUGCUAGAAGGGGGAACUUUCCCCUCGCCCCACCAUCAUCCUCCCUGCUGCAGCUGCUGCCUCGCCAUCCUGCCGGAGCUGCACACCAGCAUUUUAAAGGUAAAUGGAGGGACUUGCCCCUUGCCCACCAACACUCACUGCAGCUGCCACUGCAACUUUAGCUGCCCCAUCCCACUGCACAGCGACAGUUUUCAGGGGGGAAAGGGGGGACUUUACCUUUGCUCCCCACCACCCUCGCAGCAGACCAGUGGCCACCCAGAAAAGGACUUCAAAUACUUGGCCUCUAACGGGUGGCAAAAGGCUUAAUCCGCCCCUGGGUAGGAGUCUCAGCCCUAUCUUGCAGAUUCCAGGGGGAGAACUUGGGACCUUCUGCAUGCAAGUAUGCCAGUGCUCUUCCCAGAGCAGACAUAUAGUAUCUCAUUCAAAUGCAUACCAGGGUGGGCCCUACUAAGCAAAGGGGACAAUUCAUGCUUGCUACCACAAGGCCAGCUCUCCUCCCUAGGCCAGCUUUCCUGUUGUCUUUUCUGGCAAAAAGCUCUCUGUAGUGAUCAGCUACACCUCUUCUAAAGAGUGAACUGGAAGUGAAUCCUGUCCUGACUGGCAGGCUGGUGAACUCCAUGGCUCAGCCAAUCAGCACACCAGGUGGGUGGGACCUAGAGAGCUGUUGGGAGGAAGGAGAGGCUCAUUGUCAGAAUAAGCAGGCUGGGGGUGAGAGCAGGACGUGUGGCUAUGGAGUAUGGCUGCAGAAGGAUGGCUGAAGAUCUUGGAAGAUAGGACUGCAAGGACAUGAUUCUCAACCAGGGUUUUGGUGAGUUCAAGACAAAGGAAGCCAGGGCUUGGGCUUUGGGACAUUUGGUCUAGGGAAUGUUUGUUUAGUCAGAUUUUGUGUUAGACUUUCAUUUUCUAUUGUGUGCACUUUGUAUAUCCCUGAAACUGUUCUAUGAUUGUUUAUCUGUAACGUAACUAAAACUAAGAAACACUAGACUUCGGCCAUCCAGCCAGGGCGUUGCAAAUGUCUCUGUAAGCUUUUGAGUAUGCUUUUGUAUUCUCCUACAAAGUGUGCCUCCCCAACAUCAUCUGUGGUGCUUCUUGAAGUAUUCUUGUAACUUACUGGGUAUUUUUACCUGUAAUUAAAAGCUGAGAAAGCCUCAGCGGAAGCAGUCUGUGGCAUUUGAAUACAA